AGGCAAUUAAAAGUCUGGAAGAUUGGAUUUCAAAACAUACCACAAAUUUCAAAGGGAGUAAAUCUACAUGAAGAGCUACAAAGGGAGUUGAUUUGAGAAGACACAGCGUUUGCAAAAAUGUCUUCAAGUUGUGUGACUUCAGUGUUUGCUUUGAUGAUUUUGUGCUUUGCAGCUGCAGGUCCUGUGCCACAGAGUGAAUGUGUCUUAUUGCCUGUUAAUAAUUCGCACCCCGUCCAUGCCUUAUUGGAGAGUUUUACAGUCUUAUCCGGCUGUGCAAGCCGAGGCACAACAGGCCUGCCGCAGGAGGUGCACGUCCUCAAUCUCAGAAAUCCCGAGGAGGGUCUUGGCCAUCAUGAGAGAGAGGUCACGUUACAUUUGAAUCCAAUUUCAUCAGUGCAUAUUCACCAGAAGCCUCUGGUGUUUCUUCUCAACUCUCCUUUGCCUCUGGUCUGGAAGCUAAAAACAGAAAGGCUGGCACCUGGAAUCCAAAGAGUUUUCUUCGUGUCUUUAGGUUCCGUUGUUCAGUUUGAGAAGGGAAAUUUCUCCUUGUCAGCAGAAACGGAAGAAAAGCUUUUUCCUGAGAAAAAUGAACACCUGCUACAGUGGGCCCAGAAGGAAUAUGGAGCAGUAACAUCUUUCACUGAACUCAAAAUAUCAAGAAACAUCUAUAUUAAAGUAGGAGAAGAUCAAGUUUUUCCUCCCUCGUGCAACAUAAAAAAGAAUUUUCUCUCUUUAAAUUACCUUGCGGGAUACCUACAACCAAAAACAGCAGAAGGGUGCCUUAUGUCUAACUUAGUCCAAGAAAGAGAAGUUCAUAUCAUUGAACUAAUCACUCCAAAUUCCAAUCCAUACAGUGCUUUCCAGGUGGAUAUAAUCGUUGACAUUAAACCAUCUCAACCAGGCGCCAAACUUGUCAGAGACAUCGUACUUAUCCUCAAGUGUAAAAAGUCUGUCAAUUGGGUUAUCAAGUCGCAUGAUGUCCAGGGAAAGCUGGAAGUGAUUACAUCAAAUAGCAUUGGUUUUGGAAAGGAAACAGAACGAUCCAUGACUAUGAGUAAAUCAGUAAUACCUGAUAUUCCCGCAUCACAUGAGAGUUUGAUCAAGUGGGCUUAUGAGCAUAGCUAUAGUCCAGUUACUUCCUACACAAAAGCUCCUGUUGCUAACAGAUUUCAUCUGCAACUUGAAGAUACAGAAGAGAUGAAUGAUGAAGAAGACCAUUCCCUUCCUCCAGAGCUGACAGAAUUGCUGGGUGCUAAUCCACUGCCUGCCCCAAAGAAUCCUGCCUUAACUGAUGGCCUGGCUUUUCCUUUUCACAUUAACAGAGGAAGACAUGACACAGUCGGAGAAGGAAUCUUCCCCUCCAGGGAUUCAGUGGAUACAUUAAUAAAUCAUGACUUUGAGCAUUCCCUCUCAAAACAUAAAGAACCAGAAGAGGUUCAAGGCAGUGCUGGUGUAGCCCUGUCAAUAAAGUGUGAUGACAAAGUCAUGACAGUAGCUGUAGAAAAAGACUCUUUGCAGGCUAGCGGCUACACAAGGACAGAACUCUCGCUGCUGGAUCACUCUUGCAAAGCCAGGAUGAACGGUACCCAUUUCAUUUUGGAGUCUUCACUGAACAAAUGCGGGACUCGGACAGCAUAUAUCUUCAACAAGAUUGUUUAUUUUAACUCCAUUGUCAUUCAGCUGUCAUCACCAGCUGAAAGCAGCGGCUUUGAUGAUGACGACAUGGAAUCGGGUGAUAAUGGAUUUCCAGGGGAUGCUGAUGAGGGAGAUGUUGCUUUCUCAAGCUGGCCUGAAAUAGCGUUUAAUUGCACGCUGCACCAGCCAGAGGAUGACAGGGGCGUGUUCUGGCCUCCUGAACCACACAUCACCAAUGUGACCUUCAACAUGGAGCUGUACAAAACGGAUCUGUUCCUUGCUCCCUCCCAGGGACUCUUCUCUGUUGCUGAGAAUGGACCAAUAUAUGUAGAGGUGUCUGUGACUAAAGCUGACAGAUCCUUGGGCUUUGCCAUUCAAACAUGCUUUGUUUCCCCGUUUUCAAAUCCAGAUAGAAUGUCUGACUACACCGUUAUAGAAAACAUUUGUCCUAAAGAUGAAUCUGUUAAAUUCUACAGCACUGAGAAGGUGAACUUUCCGAUACCACAUGCACAAAAGGACAAAAAAAGAUUUAGCUUUGUGUUUAAACCAAUGUUCAACAUCUCACUGCUCUUUCUUCACUGCGAGUUGACUUUGUGUACAAAUAAAGACAAAGAUACGCAAGGACUGCCAAAGUGCAUUCCUCCUGAUGAAGCUUGCACCUCUCUCAAUGUGGAUAUGAUCUUGGCCAUGAUGCACAACAAGAAAACCUUCACCAAACCCCUUGUUGUAAUAACACGUGAAGGAAAACCAGAAGAUCCUUCCCUUCCAAAGCCAAAUGUGAGACAGCCACCUGUGUUCUACGGUCUGGACACGCUGACUGUUGUGGGCAUUGCCUUUGCGGCAUUUGUAAUUGGAGCCCUGCUAACAGGAGCACUCUGGUUUAUCUACUCUCACACAGGGGAAACAGCGGGAAGACAGCAGGUCCCUACGUCCCCGCCAGCCUCCGAGAACAGCAGUGCAGCGCACAGCAUUGGCAGCACCCAGAGCACCCCCUGUUCCAGCAGCAGUGCAACCUAACUCCGGGGGGAGCGCGCUUGAGGAGCGACAUAGGAGUGCAGAGGUUCAAAGGACUGUGUGUGGACACCAGCUUUUUACAGUUACAAGGAUUGGUUUGGUUGCUUUUGGGGAAAAAAAAAACAACAACAACAAAAAAAAAGGGGAGGGGUUUUUUUACAGGAAAAAAAAAAAAAAAAAGACUGAUUUUCUUUUGGGGAAGCCACUGUGUGUGUGUAUAGGUGCACACAAUGCAUGGGUGAACACAGCCUGUUGGAUCUUCUAUAGCAUGUUAUGCAACAUGUGACAAAGCUACUAAUUUUACAGUACUGCAACCUGUUCUAGGGGUCCGUGGGCCCUCAAUGUGAAAUCUAUGCCAGUUUGGAAAAAAUGCUGCUUUGUCUAUACGACUUUUUCUUUCCCUUUUUUUCUAUACCUUCUCAUUGACACAAGGUAUUCAUUAAGGGAAUUCAACAAGAUAAGCAGAACAAAGCUGAUCUUAGGUCAAAGGAUCUAUUUGUCUUAGCAAGAAAGCCUCAAGGUCAGAUCUCUUUGGCUAAUAACAUUUUAUUACUUCACCUGUGUUUAGCCACUUUUGAGUAACCUAUUUUUUUUGUUAAGCUUACAGCUACAGCAUCUCAUUUGCUUUCUUGUUGUGUUUGCAGCUUCAGGUUUGUUCCAGGUAUUUUUGUUUUAAUAUGCAUUGAUUUGCUAGUUGGAGAAGAGCACACUCUAACAUUCCCUUUCUUGUUCUCUGGGCCAAAGCUCUUUAAGAGAUUUUUUUUUUUUUUUAAUCUACUAUACCAAAUACAGGCACACACAAAC